AUGUCGGAAUCUACAGAGUCCAAGUCUAGAGGCCCCCUCGGCCGCGUCGUCGUCAUCGGCGGCAACGGCUUCCUUGGCCACCACAUCGUCAACCAGGCCAUUGAGUCGUGGACCACCACCGCCGUCUUCGGCGUCGACCUGCGGUGCGAGCGCAACCGCAAUCCCGCCGCCGAGUACCGCGAGUGCGACAUCACCGACCCCGAGCGCCUGCUGUCUCUGAUUGAGGAGCUCAAGCCCGACGUCGUCAUCCACACGGCGUCCCCCGUCGGCAACAACCCCAAGAUCGGAAACGACAUCUUCAAAAAGGUCAAUGUCGACGGAACACAAUCUGUGGUUGAUGCCUGCGAAAAGGCAGGCGUCAAGGCUCUUGUCUAUACCAGCUCUGCCAGUGUCAUCAGCGACAAUGUCUCUGAUCUGCUCAACGCAGAUGAGCGGUGGCCAUUGAUUCGUGGAGAUCAGCAGACCGAGUACUACUCCGAGACCAAGGCUGCUGCCGAAGAGCUCGUCCUCAAGGCGAAUCGCAAGGAUGACUCCAAGCUCCUCACUUGCGCCAUCCGCCCCGCCGGCAUCUUUGGUGAGGGCGACGUCCAGACCCUCGCCGGCAUCCUCAACGUCUACAAGCGCGGCAAGCACAACGUCCAGGUCGGCAACAACGAGAACCUUUUCGACUUCACCUACGUUGGCAACGUUGCCCACUCCCACCUCCUCGCCGCCCAGCUCCUCCUCGUCACCGCCGCCUCCCCCACUGUCCCCCUCGACCACGAGCGCGUCGAUGGCGAGGCCUUCUUCAUCACAAAUGACGAGCCCGUCUACUUCUGGGACUUUGCCCGCGCCAUCUGGCACGCCGCCGGCCAUGAUAAGGGAAAGGAGGGCACCUGGACCCUGCCGCGCGAGUUGGGCAUUGGUCUCGGCUUCAUCAGCGAGGUGUUUGGCAGCAUCCUGGGCAAGACCCCGACUCUCACCCGCAAGGCCAUCAUUAUGAGCUCCAUGACCCGCUACUACAACAUCACCAAAGCCAAGCGUGUCCUACGCUACAAGCCCCUGUGGACACUGCAGGAGGGCAUCAACCGUGGUGUGGAGUGGUUCGCUGAGCAGGACAGACAGCAGGCUGCUGCUGCCAAGGCAUGA